GGCCAGGACGGAAUACAGUUGGGAAAGGUAACAAGUCGGAAGAAAUCGCUGGUCAGGAGAUCCAGUGAAAGGACAGGAGAAAGGGAAAGCGGAGGAACUGGCGGCUCGGACAGCUGAUGUAAUGUAAUGUAAAGUAAUGGUGGCCGGUUGGCGUUGAGCUCAGAUGGCGGUGUGUGCCAGGCUAUGUGGGGUGGGUCAGUCGCGGCGGUGCAGGCGGAGACAGAGGAACGGCCAGCGCGACCAGGAGAGCGACUCGGAGCUGGACAUGGACGAGGAAGAGGAGGAGGAAAAGAUCGUGGGCAAAGGCAAAGCGCGCGUCCUCAGAGCUGGUCCUAAAGGCCGUAGCGCUGUGUGCGACGUCGCGGGCUCGGAGGAUGAAGAAGACAGGGCCUGUGCUGCAGCAACAACAACAACAGCAACAGCAGCGCCACGAUCUCUGUUGGAUUUACCACCCGAGCUUCUGGUAGAGAUCUUCUCCUCUCUGCCCGGUACGGUGCUGCCCAACCUGGCCCUGGUGUGCAAGAAAUUCAGACAGAUCCUCAGCACUGAGACUAUAUGGAGAAGACGCUGUGCAGCGGAGUUUGGCAUGAAGGAUGACCUGCGGAAGAUGGAGGUGGCAGGGGUGUCCAGCCGGGAGCUUUAUGUCAAACGUGUGAACCCUAGGGUGAAGUCGGGGCGUUUUAUGAAGCUUCUGCCCGAUUAUGAGCACAUGGACUACCGGGACGUGUAUACACACUUACUCUAUCCAUACAGAUACAUUUUGGGUCUCUGGCAGCCAGACAUAGGCCCCUACGGAGGUCUGCUAAACGUAGUGGUGGAUGGAUUGUUUAUCAUUGGCUGGAUGUAUCUACCACCCCAUGAUCCACGUGUGGAGGAUCCCAUGAGACGGCGACCUCUUUUCCGCAUCCACAUGUGGGAGCAUAACAAAGCCACAGUGGAGUGCAUGUAUGGUCACAGAGGGCCUCACAAAGGAGACAUUCAGACAGUAAAAAGAGAUGAGUUUUCUACCAAGUGCAACCAAACAGAUCAUCAUCGAAUGCCGGGGGGAAGACAAGAGGAGUUUCGGACAUGGUUGGAGGAGGAAUGGGGACGGACACUAGAGGAUAUUUUUCAUGAACACAUGCAGGAGUUGAUUCUCAUGAAGUUUAUCUACACCAGCCAAUAUGAUAAUUGCCUGACGUAUCGGCGGAUCUACUUGCCCCCGUGCCUCCCUUCGGACCUGCUGCAGCCAGGCCUUUUUAAAGGUACAUAUGGCAGCCAUGGCCUGGAGAUCAUUAUGCUGAGCUUCCAUGGCUCUCGGGCCAAAGCCACCAAACUAACAGGUGACCCUAAUGUACCAGCGGGUCAGCUGACCUUAGACAUAGACCUGAGUCGGCCAGUACAACUGCCUGACUUGGAGCACCAGCGAAACAUUGAUGAGCUUUCUCGUUUGGUGUUGGGGGUACAAGAAGAGAUUCAGAGGGGUGCCUCAGGCAAAGCUGCCCCAACCGUCGGUACUUCAGAGGCAGAGGGUUCUGAUGCUGCCUCUAGCUCAGGAGCUGAGGAUGCAGGGUGUGCCGAAGCUUCUAGCGAUCAGGAUGAACCUCAGCCUUUUGUCCUGCCUUUAGGGGUCAUGGCUCGAAAUGAGGUGUACCCACGAUCAUGCAAAAUAUGUUUCUACGGAACAGGUCUGAUAGCGGGUCAUGGCUUCACGAGUCCAGAGCGCACCCCUGGUCUGUUCGUCCUUUUUGACGAUGAUCGUUUUGGGUUCAUCUGGCUGGAGCUAAAGUCUUUUAGCCUGUACAGCCGCUUGACAGAUAAGCUGGAACAUGCUCAGGCCCCCAGCAUGGAGCGCUUUGAGGCCAUGCUUCGCAACAUGCAGUCCUGGACAUCCUGAUUGGCGGCCUUUUUAACCUUGCUUCUUAUCUAACACAUAAUAAAAAGGACUGGCAGUUCCAGACCUGCAGGGCCAUGACUUUAAUUUGCUUGGCUCAACGUGUGCACUAAUAAUCAAUCCACUGAUUAUUCAAACCUAGGGUGUGUCAAACAAAAGCGUAUAGUGCUGUGGUCUUUCAGGAUUGGAACUGCCCACUCCUGUGCUAUAUACCCUAAAAUCCUGAUUACAUUCUCAGCCCCACACAUCCCCACACAACCUGAGGAAACCUCCCAGUAAUCUCAUACAUGCACAAGGAAAACCUGACACACAGGUAUGUUUUCAACGGCAAGAUCAUAUACUGUAGGUAGUAUUAUACACUGAAGCUUUCUUAUCAGCUUUUUAAUUAAUUUAUUUUUGUAACCUGGAGAUGCCGAAGAUGAGGAUACAUUUUACUCCAGAACAAACUGAGUGUGCCUCUGUACCAUCAUUAUUUAUCCCGAGACUAGUCUUAGAAAAUUGUAGCUUCCUGUGCUGUUAAAGUUAGUUAAGUGAAGUUAUCAUAAUCUGCUUUUAGCUGUUUGGUUGGUCGUAACGUUUAAUUGUGGUAAUUUAAUGUCUAUAAUUGUCUGCUUUUAUUUACAUUUUUUGUUUGUUUGUUUUUAAGUCUGGCACUGUUGAUUCUUUUGCUUUUAUUUAUGUCCGCAUUGCCCAAGGUGAUGAUUUUUGACAUUUGAAGUUUUGCACUGGAUUUAUUUGAAUCAUUUGUACAGAUAACUACUGCAGCCUGUGGAAAAACAUUUACAGCAUAUUUAAGCAAAACCAUUUUUCACUUAUUGAUAUUUGUAAUUGAUUAGCCCAAAUUGCUUAGUGUACUUUUGCAUUAGAGCAAGGAGGCUAAUAGAGCUAACAAGUAAUGGGAGCCUACUUUACCCAAAUUCUUUUAUGAAAUGCCUUCAGUGAAUACAUCUCUGAUCCCAUUCCUAAGUAGGCUAGUGUGUCCUUAUGAUUUAAGUACAGAUGCUUUGAUUUAAUUAAUAACAAACACUGUGAUAUUUUUGGGUCACCCAUCUUGGACAAUCAGUAGUUUUUUCCUAGUGCAAUGUUGUACCAUUUUGCUCCAAAGUUAUAAAGAUAUAGGUUAUUUACAUGAUAUUGUGUAUAAGAUUAUUCUACAAGAUUCUAAUUUCCUAAUAUAAAGAGCAUUUCAACGACAUUAUAUAGCUUAACAAUGUCUUUCAAACAAGUAUAUGAAUAUUUAUUAAUUCAGAUUUCCAUUACUUUUAUUUAGCUACAUUAGCCUUGUGGCUCCAAUGCAAAGCAGAACAUUUCUUUCCAAAAAAUGUAUUUUUUUCAUUGUUAGUAUAUGACCUUUGUGCUGGUUUCAUAAAACAUAAACUGGUUUAGUACAUCACAGCACACUAAAGUAAAUGACCUCAUCUUUUACAAGCUUGGGAUUUGUCUUCAUGAAAGCAGCCAGCUAGGUUUUAUAGUUUGCCUAGUUCUGUAUUCUGGCACAUCUAAAGUAAAGUAUUUAACCUGGAAAUGUAAUUAGAAGAACUAAGCAGUUAUCAUAUGGACAUAUAUUUUGUGAAGUGUGCAUGCCCUAAAGUACUAAUGCAUUUGUCUAAUGUGAGUGAAUUCACUCAGUUGCCAAUUUGGGGGGGAUUUUCUUCAUUUUAUUGCUUUGUCUCAGGUACCACACCUUCGUAUUUGUUCCCUUGCAUAAUAUGCUUAAAAUACACAUCAUACUAAUUUCAAUCAUAUAUUGUAAGUAGUGAAUGUUCUAAUUGUAGUUUUCUCAAGUAAGCUUUUAUCCAUUAAGAAAGAAAAUGCAAUGUUAAACUUGUAUAAUGGUAAAUGUACAUUGCCUGACUGGCAGCUUGGGCCUGCCUUAGCUUCUAUUGAUCAAAAACUCAGCCCUUGUCCUGCCUUCAGCAGAUUCAUGGAAAGAUCCACAGAUUGAUGGUGCUCUGAGUGAAAUUUGCCACUUGACCACAUCUAGUCAAAAUAUUUGUUAGGCGAUUUUAAUAACAUCUAUAUUUGCAUGCCUUGCUAACAUUAAAUAUUGGAGCAUAGAAGAUGAGUUACGUUAAACUCCAAGGCCUUUACCCUCCAGCAGACCAACACGUAUGACAUGCUUCCUUUGUUUUUGAUGAGUUUUGAUCAAAAAGCUGUGCAGCAACUCCCCUCAAAGUGCUCUUUCCUAGACAGCAUAGGCAUUGACCACAGACUAGCUAUCUGUGUGUAGUUUUGUAUUAAAAUGCAGCUUUGCAAAAACUAACCAUUAUAAUAUAAAAUAAAUUAUAUGUGGAUGAAAGUAUUUAAUUAAUAUAUUUGAGCUUUGUUUAUGGGUGCACAUAAUUGCAUAUGUUAAGAAUAUGCCUGUUUGUUGGGUGACAUUGACAACUGUUUCAAGUCGAAUAUAUUCAUUAACUUGAUUCAUAAACUCAUAAACUAAUGUCCAAUGUAACACCAUCACAUGACUUCAGGGAGCUUUGAAGCUUAUGUGUCCAUCUCCGCCCAAUAAAUUAGCGUAAAAUGUAA